CUACUACUAGCAAAAUCAAAAAACUAUGGAUUAUACUAUUGAACGAAGUACUAGCAUAAAUUCGAGUGCAGUUCGCUACAGAUUUGUUUUUAGAAAAAUAUUCAUUGAUGUUGUUCAAACAUUAUUGCAAAUUUUAAAGCCGAAAGUAAUUGAAUUAAUUGUUGAAGAAAGUGAUAAUUUUGACAAAAAUAUUAAAUGGUAUUUUGUUACAACUGUUCAAUUGAAAAAAGUAAAUGUUGAUAGCGGCAGCAGCAGCGAUCAAUCGCAACAAGAAGAAAUCGUUGAAACUAUGACAAACGCAUCGUUUUACAGUUAUACGUCAUUGUUAAUUAAUGUUGAUGAACAAUUAGAUAUUUUGCAAGACCAAUUUAUUAGUGGUGUAGAGAAAAUUGAAUCAACGCUUGAUAAAUUUAUUAGGUACGGCAGUGGUUGGUCUGUAGUUAGAAUCAUUUCAUUUGAUUUGAAUAUUACUCGUUACAAUCCUUUAGCUGGCGGAAAUAGUACAUACAUUGAAACACCUGCUUUUAUAAAAGCAAAAAGAGCCGUUAUAAAUGUAAAAAACACAAAUGAUAGUAAAUGUUUUGUAUGGAGUGUACUUAGCUAUUUUCAUUACAGACGUAGAAAUAUGAAUGUUGACUAUCUGAUGCAAUUUGAAAAUAAUCUAAAUUUGACCGGUAUUAAGUUUCCUACUACAGUGCAUGACAUUAAAAAAUUUGAAGUGCAAAAUUUAAACAUUUCUAUAACAGUGAUUGCUUAUGAUGCUGCUAAAAAAAAGUUUUUCCCGUACCGUUGUUCAAUUUAUAGACAACGCGAACAUAAAAUCAAUCUUCUACUAUUGUCAAAUGAUACAACGCCGAAAAAAUGGCAUUAUGUUCUGAUAAACACGUGUCAAGGGUAUAACGGAUUGUCACGGCUACUGAGUCAUCACUUGUCUUUGCAUAAUGGUCAAGUGUUCAUUUGUCCAUAUUGUUUUAACAAAUUUACAACUAACCGGCAUGCAAAUUGCGAUGGAAAAACCAAUCUAGAAAAACAUAUGGAUUUGUGUUCAACAUUUGCAAUACAAAGAACAGUACUACCUAAACAGGGUGAAAUGUUAAAGUUUAAAAAUUUUUCGUACACACUAAAAAAUAAGUACAUUGCAUUUGCCGAUUUUGAAAGUUUUAUUGUACCAACAAAUAACGGUGAGGAGCUCGAUGACGAUGACGAUGAAAAUGUUGAUGAUUUGCUCGGAACUGAUAUAGGAAAUAGCUUUACAAGGAAAACACAAAAACAUGUUGCUUGCGGCUAUGCGUUUAUUAUUUUAGACGAAUCAGGUGAAAUAUUCUACGGCCCACGCGUUUAUAGAGCUACAAGUGUUGGCGAGAAAAUUAUUGAACAAUUUCUUGAUGAGAUCAUUGCCAUAGGUCGAAACUGUUCCAUUGAUAUGCAACAAGAAGUGCCCAUGAUUGAAUUAAAUGAAGAACAAUUAUUAGCUUUUAACAAUAGUACAGUAUGUUUCUUGUGCAACGAUGAAUUUAAAGCCAACGAAAUUCGUAUUAGGCACCAUUCUCAUACAACAGGCCAUUUUCUCGGUGCAACGCACAAGUCAUGUAAUUUAAAUGCAAAAGCACCAAAACUAUUAAACUGUUUUUUUCAUAAUUUUCGCGGAUAUGAUAGUCAUUUCAUUGUUAAGGCAUUAGCAGGACGAAAGGAGAAAAUUGAUUGUAUUGCAAACUCAUCGGAAAAAUUCCUCACAAUUACAAUAGAUCGAGUACGUUUCCUUGACAGUUUUCAAUUCUUAAGCUCAAGUCUACAGUCACUUGUUGCCAAUCUUGCAAGUGAUACAGAAAACAUUGAUACUAAUUUCAAAGUAAUGUGUAAAAUAUUCAACGAUAAAAAUCAACAAAAACUUUUACUACGUAAAGGCGUGUACCCGUAUCAGUACAUAACAGAUGCUGAAAAAUUUGAAGAACAGCAAUUGCCGGCAAUUGACUCAUUUUACAGUACACUUAGUAAUACAGCAUUGCAAGUAGACGAUUACGAGCAUGCACAGAAAGUUUGGCGCGAAUUUAACAUAAACUCAUUGGGUGAAUAUCAUGAUCUCUACCUUUUGUCAGAUUGCUUACUGCUGGCAGAUAUUUUUCAAAAUUUUAGGACUGUAUUUUUUACAAUUUACAAACUGGAUGUAUCACACUUUGUAUCGUUACCGCAUUUUUCGUUGAAUGCAAUGUUAUAUUUGACUAAAGUACGUUUAGAAUUAAUUAGCAAUGCUGAUAUGAACUUGCUCAUAGAAUCUGGUUUACGCGGUGGUCUGUCAGUUAUUCCCCACCGUCAUGCAGUCGCAAACAAUAAAUAUAUGGGCGCAAAUUAUAACCCAGCUAUUGAAAAUAGUUUUUUGCUCUAUCUUGAUUGUACAAGCUUAUACGCACAUACAAUGAUUGCCUACAAGCUACCUGAAUCAAAUUUCAGAUUUUUAUCACAAGAUGAAAUUACGGCUUUAGGCGAUUUUACAAGCAUACACGAUGAAGCCGAGACUGGCUAUAUAAUUGAAGCAGACCUGUCCUAUCCAGUUAAUUUACACGAAUUACAUAACAGCUUCCCCCUGGCACCAUUAAAAGAUCAGCCGCCUUACAACCUGUUCUCUCCAUAUCAAACAGACAACACUGUUGCUCUGCGCAGAGAAGCGGCCGCGCGCCGCCCGUCUCCCGACACAGCCGCCUCCGCCACCGCGUCAUCACGUCUUUUAGCCACCCUUUAUAAUCGUAAACGAUAUGUACUCCACUAUAGAAAUUUGAAACUUUAUUUAAGCUUGGGCAUGAAAUUGACUGCUGUACAUAGAGUAAUCGCUUUUCAUCAGUCGUACUGGCUUAAACCGUUUAUUGAUUUGAAUGCGCAACUGAGAAAGGAAGCAAAAAAUUCAUUUGAACGUACCCUCUUUAAAUUUCUUUCAAAUAGUCUGUUCGGAAAGUUGAUGGAGAAUAAUAGGAAAAGAAUAGAUUUUAAGCUAAUUACUUGUCAGAAAAAAUUGGAAAGUUUGAUUGCAAAACCAAGCUGUAAACGAUGGAUUGUGUUUGACAAAGACAUUGUCGCUGUACAAAUGUGUAAAACAGAAAUAAAAUUAGAUCGUCCAAUUUAUGCUGGUUUUUCAAUUCUUGAUUUGAGUAAAUUUACAAUGUUCAAUUUCCACUACAACAUUUUCUUGAAAAUGUUCGAUCCAAGCUGUGUUAAAUUGUGCAUGAGCGAUACAGACUCGUUGCUAUACCAUAUCAAAUCGGACAAUAUCUAUGCAGUUAUCAAACAAAAUCUUCAACAUUUUGACACAAGUGCUUAUCCUGUCACACAUUGUUGUUAUAGUCAAUUGAACCAUGGUGUGCCUGGCACAUUUAAAGAUGAAUUAAAAUCUGGCAUUAUUACCGCUUUUUGCGGUCUUCGUGCAAAACUUUACAGUUUUGAAUAUGUACUAAGCAGUAGUGCUAGUAGCGGCAGUGACAGUAGUAGUAGUAGUAGUAGUAGUAAUAAUAGUAGUAGUAUUAAGGAUAGUUCUUAUGAAAAAUUUAGCAAGCACGCAGCUAAAGGCGUAGCAAGAACAAUUAUAAACAAUAAACUAAGAUAUGACAUGUACAUGAAAUGCCUGACAGAUAGAUUAGUUCAACGUGAAUGCUUUUCACAAUUACGCAGUUAUUCACAUGAUAUUUAUCAAAUAUCGUGUGCCAAAGUUGCAUUAUCACCAUUUGACACAAAAAGAUACAUUGAAUCAAACGGUAUAGAUACGAAAGCGUGGGGUCAUUAUUUAAUAGAAGAGAGAAGAAGAGAAGAUAUUGAUAGCAGCAGCAGCAACACGGCUAGCGGGACUGCUGUUACGUCAGAUUGAUCGCAGCAGUGAGAGUGAAAGAGAGAGAGAGAGCGAGGAGCAAGAAGCUAUUAAUGAAACCAGUUCAACAAGCACCGCUCCGACACAGCUCAGUGUCGAACACGAAGAAGAAGAAGGCGGCAGAAACAACAUCCGUCUAAAGAAGAAGAAGAAGACGAAGAAAGAUCGCUGUUGAAGACAUCGGAGCAGUGCUGCAGGUGUGACUGAACUCUAGCAAAAACAAUCACACGCGCACAUUCGUGUAGGGGAGAACGAAACCGCAAAUAUGUCAGAUUUGCAACAGAAAAUUGCUCAGGAAUUGCACCGUCCAGCGCGAAGAAAAUUCAACAGACGUAAAUAUAUAUUAAAAGGAAUAAAAGACCUCAUUCAAAUUGAUUUAAUUGAAUUGCCAGAAUUUGCUAGAGCAAACAACGGCUAUCGUUAUGUUUUGAUUGCAAUUAAUUGUUUUUCACGUUAUGCUUUUGCUGAACCAUUAAAAACUAAAACAGGAAAAGAAGUUGAACGAAAAUUAGCGCGAAUAUUAGUAUUAAAUAAGGGUAUAAAAAAUGUGCAAAGCGAUUUAGGUCGCGAAUUUUACAAUAAGGAUGUUAAACAACUAUUCGAUAGGUUGAACAUUAAUCAUUACAGUGUAUUUUCUGAAAUUAAGGCAGCUUUUGUUGAAAGAUUGAACCGAACACUGAAAUCACGUUUGUAUGAACGACUAACUGCUAGCGGUACGCAAAAAUGGUUAAACAUUUUGCCGGACAUUGUUUAUCAAUAUAAUAACACUAUUCAUUCAGCGAUUGGCAUGACACCGGCCAGUGUUAGACGACGUCAUGAAAAGCAUUUGAUCAUGUUACAGUUGAA